ACGGGAAAUCUGCGCCACCCGGUCGUAUAUAAACCCGGCGGGCGGGGCUAGGCAUGGGCAUCACCCAGUCGUCUAGAUUUCUGAAAAUCACACGACCGUCUUCUUCCUCGCGGUCCAGCUCCGAGACAGAACCCAGCAGCAUGGCGCUCGAGAAGGCCAAGGAGAUCGCCGCCUCCUCCCCGGUCGUCGUCUUCAGCAAGACUUAUUGUCCUUUCUGCGCCCGAGUGAAGAAAUUGUUGGCACAACUGGGGGCAAGUUACAAGGUUGUUGAAUUGGAUGUGGAAAGUGAUGGAUCAGAGUUGCAGUCAGCUCUUGCCGAGUGGACUGGGCAGAGAAGUGUCCCCAAUGUCUUCAUUAAAGGGGAACGUAUUGGCGGCUGUGACGAUACCAUGGCAAUGCACAGCGGUGGGAAGUUGGUGCCACUGCUGACGGAGGCUGGAGCAAUCGCCAGUGCAAAUCCUUCUCUGUAGAUAUGUUUAGUGUGGCUCUGCUCGGUUGGUGACUUUGUGCAAGUAUUGUAAUGUGCUCUGUCGUGAAAUUAAGAUGAAUAAAGGGUUUUACCGUCUGAAGAACCCCUUGGUGCUGACUGUAUUUGUAGCUUGAGGGCAGUUGUCAAGCCUCUCUGCAAGUCUUUAGACAUUGCUAAAUCAUCUGUACUGCUACCUCAAUGUAUAUGAUUCUUUACCCAUCAGUAAUGCGUGUUGUGUG